AUGGAAAUGGAUUUGCGGGUUUUUGUUUUGAUUCUUAACGUAAAACAUUUCGAUGUUCUGUUCUACUUGAUUUCUCUGGCUUGUCUGCUGUUACCAACCUAUGGUUAUGAUUCAUUGGAUCCUAAUGGGAACAUCACAAUUAAAUGGGAUGUCUUGCAAGCAAAUGGUGGCACAGAGGAUGUAACGGUAUCCAUCAUAAACUACCAGCUAUUCCGGCACAUAGAGUAUCCCGGUUGGAAGCUAAGCUGGGCAUGGCCAGGCAACGAGGUAAUCUGGAAUAUAGUGGGAGCAGAAGCCACUGAACAGGGAAAUUGUUCGGCAUUCGGAGGAGGAAAACUUCCCCAUUGCUGUGAAAAGGAACCAGUUAUAAUAGACCUUUUGCCUGGAACCCCAUACAAUAAGCAGGUUGCAAAUUGCUGCAAAGGUGGAGUAGUUUCAUCCAUGACUCAAGACCCCGAAAAAUAUAUCUCUGCUUUUCAGAUGAAUGUCGGAAGUUCUGAUACAAAAGGUUCUGGCCCCGGAAUUCCUGUAAAUUUCACUCUUGGACUUCAGGGAUAUACCUGUGGAGAACCAUUUCAAGUCCCUCCAACUAAAUUUUCCGAAGAUCAAGGACGUAGAAGGACACAAGCACUUGCUACUUGGAAUGUGACGUGUUCUUAUUCCCAGUUUAGAGCUUCUGCAGCGCCAACAUGCUGUGUUUCGUUCUCAGCAUUCUACAAUGAUACCAUAAUUCCAUGCCAAGACUGCAGCUGUGCUUGCCAAACUGGUGCAAAAUGUGUAAAGGCUGGGGAUCUACCACCAGUAUUGCAGCUACAGCACAAUGAACCACCACAACCAUUGUUGCAAUGUAGUGACGAUAUGUGCCCUAUAAGAGUGCACUGGCAUGUGAUGCAAAGUUACAGAGAGUACUGGAGGGUCAAAAUUACAGUGACAAAUCUAAACUAUGUCAAGAAUUACAGUCAGUGGAACUUGGUGGUUUUACACCCUAAUCUCCAAAGCGUUACACGGGUUUUCAGUUUCAACUAUAAGCCCCUCAACCAAUAUGGCAAUAUAAAUGAUACUGGAAUGUUUUAUGGGAUUCAGCAUUAUAAUGACAUGCUGCUCCAGGCAGGAGUAAAUGGAAAUGUACAGACAGAAAUGCUACUGCACAAAGAUCCAGGGAUUUUCAGUUUUAGAGAAGGGUGGGCAUUUCCCAGAAAGAUAUCAUUCAAUGGUGGACAAUGUGUAUUGCCCUCACCUCAAGAUUACCCUAGGCUUCCAAAUGCUGCACAGUCUAAUGCACCAGCAGCCUCCUGUAUAAUUCUUUCAUUGUUGCUACUGCUAGUUACUGUAAUGUUAUGA